AUGACUGUCUUGUCCUUCAUGCAGCUUCGUGGUGGUGACUUAAUAAGGAAGCAGCGUGAUUCCAUUUGGUCUUGCGGUAGUUCCUGGGCUUUGCUCGGGCUUAAAAACGUGGUCACGAUGCUCCCGCCAUCGGGAAUAAUCUCGUCGACCAGCAUUGAGCAGAUGGGAGAGUCACAAUGCACCGCGUUGACAGUACCAUGCCUGAUUUGUGACAAGUUGCUGAGGGCGCGGAGUGUCCGUCACCACCGCAUCCUACACCGCACCCUCACUGCGCUGCAGUACCACGAAGGCAAGGUGCCCGUCAGCCUGCUCUCCCUGCGGCUCCGCCGGCGGGGCAUCGUCUCCAAGAAGGCGCAAUCCAAGAAAUGGAACCGGCUGGAGCUGGAGAAGAUCGAUUUCGCCUACGAGAUGGUGAAGUCUCAUAGGUUGUCGACCUGGCCUUUUCUGCGUGAGUUGCCCAUCGUGUGCACGGAAGACCGCAAGCUGCCGUUCACAAUGGCCUGGACACCCAGCAUCAAACCCCUUGGGGUCUCUCAGGACAUGAACCCGAUGUGGAAAUCUCAGAUGGAGGACGUCUAUGUGUUUGUGGACAGUUACGGCGGCCAGAGCGACAGGUGGUUCAUCGGCCUCUUCGACGGCUUCCAAGGGUCUUCUGCAGCGCAGUUUGCGUCCAAAGAUCUCCCCCUCCUGAUCCUGCAGCAACUGAACAUGGCCGGGUAUCCCUAUAAAUUGACCGAAGAAGAACAUGCCUAUCUCUCCGGAUACAAUCUGCACUUCCCCGAAAGCGCUGAAGAGAAAUUGCUCAUUGCGCGGACUUAUUCAGCGGCGGCAAGAAGCAAAGGGUCCAAAGACAAGCUUUAUGGACCGAUUCACAUGGCAUUCGCCAAAGCUUUCUGGAAAAUGGACAGAAUAUUGCGGCUAGGGCGAAAUGAAAGGUCAAAGGUCCGGUGGAGCGGCUGUACAGCUACCACUUGCCUAUUCGAACCUUCUGUCUCCAAAACCCAGGGCACAACUGGAGCGACCGAGGACAACGUUGACGAUGGGUCGGAGAGAGAUUCAAAUGUGAUCGGGACGCUGCACAUUGCCAAUGCAGGUGACGUGCAUGUAAUCUUAUGUAAAAAUGGAAAAGGUUACCGUUUGACUGGAAACCAUAGCACUUCAAACCGUAAAGAGCGCAAACGUAUUCGUCAGACUGGUGGAACAAUCAGCAAAAAUGAACAACAUGGCCUUGUAGAAGGAAUCACCCAGUCAACACGAGGACUUGGAUACCAUGGAGACCCCAUACUUAAAACAUCCAUUGUACCAAUACCAUAUACCAUCUCUAUCCCUAUAGAUUCCUCAUGCCAGUUUCUUGUUUUGGCUUCAAGUGGAUUUUGGAAAGCACUCAAUAAGGAUGAAGCAGUUUCAAUUGUAUUGCAAAUGCUUUCAUUAUAUAGUGAAUCUUUUCACAGAAGCAUUAUAGACAUUGAUACAUCAAAUGCCAUAUUUCAAAGUGAGCAAAACAUUGAUUUGGGGUCCUCCAUCCUAAAUUUGCUUGAUGAGUUUAAUCAGCUAGGGCAUGAUAAUGCCGUAAUAUCCACUGAGCAUUUAUUUGAGGAGCUUUUAGUUGACAAUAAAGCAAUUAAAAGGGAACAUGUUGAAUAUUUACUCAAAGAACACUCAGUCGGGGAUGUUCAUAAUAGUGUUUGGCAAACCAUAGAUCGUUUACUUGUGGAUGUUGAAUUGAAUGAGGAAUCCAACUAUCGCCUUGACAGUGUAAAUUAUGACUUUCCAUUAUUGUCCCAACAUAGUGACAACAUAUCUGGGAAAAGUUUCUUUCGUAAUUCAAGUAUCAAACUCCAAACUCCGACUAAUUUUCCUGAGAAGUUUCGACCAGAAAUGAAAGUUAAGGACAAAGGUCCCAUUGAAAAGUUGCCCGUGGAACCAUUAACAUUAAAUGUUGCCAGAACAUCAGAUGCUCAUUUUGCUGAGAAAUUUUCAUCCACUGAGGACAAAACAAAGCAAGAAUCAAGUCAUUUGCUAAUUGAAGCAACUUUGCCAGAAACAAUUGUCAUUGAAGCACCAUACACUGAAGUUUAUACUAUGAAUCAGGGAACAGAACUUCAGUAUGAAACAAUAGCAAAAACCAUCAGUGAAAGAUUAGUCCAAACAGCUAAACUCGCAGGAGCUUGUGAUAACAUAACAGUUCUAAUAUUGUUGUUUCCAGGAUGUACAAAGACAUUUUCAUAGAACAGCAAAAAUAAGCUUAAACAAUCUAGAAAUGUCUUUUUGUUUAACCAAAAUUUAGCUCUACCCUAUUAUAAAACUGCUCACAGCUGGAUACAUUUGUUAUUUUCAGAAUGACACACAAAAACUCUCUUCCAUCCAUAAUUUCAAUUUAUUCAGAAUCCGGAGAACAGCAGUAGCUAAAUUGGUAAAUAGAUUACCACUAUAUCUGGCAAAACUGGAGACGAUUGGGUCAUUCCAUCAUCAGUAUGCUUGAAGGCCGCACAUAUGUAGGCAUCCAGAAUUGAUUUAAACUUGUAAUCUUUAUUUCAUUAUCCUCCAUUCCGUUUUUAAGAAACCACUGUGCUUUAACUUGAAAUAGUGCUGUACUUUCAGUCAUGUACUAUUGCUGUUUUAAUGGAGAUAUUUUAAAUAGAUUUUGUACAUUGCUUGCUGUAAUGUUUAAAUACAGUUUGAUGAGUAAAUUGUCUUUUUGCUAUGAAGCAUAUUUUCAUUAAGUCCUAUUCUACCUUCAGAUCAUUUCCUGAUUAUAGAAUAUGUCAUUUGUAAUGAUACAGGCCCUAAAUAUAUAGCAGAUUCAAUCCAUAUACCACAAACUCAUCAUUCAUGUUGCCUCAUCUGCCAAGCAUUUCCAACAUGGUCCAGCUUCAUAUCUCACUAUGUUUGAAUUAGGACAAAGAACCCAUCACGAUUAGACAUGCGUAGAACAGAAAGUACAGAUGUAAUUCAGUGUGUCAGGCAGCAUCUCUGGAGGACAUGGAUAAG